CCGCGGCAGCCCUCCUCCGUGUGACGACGUCUCCGCGACGUCGCCUCUACCCGCCUGCUGCACGGGGCCACUGCCGUCCCCAGCGCAGCGUGCGGACAGUUCCCAGUGAAGUUUUGAGCCCGGCCUGCACCCGAGAGGAGGAGUGUUGUGGGUCACUUCGGGGACGGAAGGCCGGCCUGUCAAGACAACGGAACACCACACACACAACACACACUUGUUGUGUUGUGUGUUUAAACGUACCAGUAUAGUGCUCUAACACUGACUUUCUAACAAGUCAGCGCAGGCUCGGGUUGUGUUUUGCCCAGGGGCAUUUGUGAGAGCAGCGAGUUGUUGGGACAAGAAGAAUGGGCCAGGCCGCCUCUCCCGUCGAGGGCUCAAGCUCCGAGUCUGACUCAGAGGAAGGCUCCCGGGCGGUGGCCACGCAGGCAGACCCCCACGGGGUCGCGCAGGCCGAGACGCCGCCCGCACGGCGCAAGGGCAAGCUCGCCAGCGGCCUGAGCAAACUCUUCCACUGGAAGUGGAAAAAGAAGAAGCACAGUCAGAAGUUCGAGGAGACCUCGGCUGAGUUGGAGAGAAAGAUUUCGACGAGGUUGCCUCGGGAGGAGCUCAUCAAGAAAGGCCUCCUGCAGGAUUCUCCGGAAACGGGGGUUCCAUCCGUGUUGCCGAGCCUUCCCGAGGAGGAGCCAGAAAAGCCGGAGCAGCCGGAGCUUGGCAACGGGCACGUGAAGAGUCGGGAGGAAGCGCAAACCCAGCAUGGACUCGAGCAGCCGGAGCCGCAGCCCUCCCCAGCGGAGGUCCGGCCCAAAUCUGAGCCGUACAUCGUGGCUGAGAAGCCUUCGCCGGGACCGUCCAUGCGGGCAUCCGUGGCCCUCCCGCUCCCGGCGCACGCGCGACUCCAAGUCGACCGCAAAUCAGCCCUCGGGGCCGCCACCGCCGCUGCCGCCGCCGCUACUACCGCCACCGCUGAGCCCGGCGGAGCCAAGAGUGCCGAGCCCAAGGCUGCCGGAGGAGAAGCCGCGCCACCGGCCGCCCUCGUUAGCGUCCCUGCGGUCAAACCGGUCCCCUGCCCCAGGACGUCCAUCCACGUUGGCCCCGCGGCAGAAGGGGACGUUGCCGUGAGUGGCGAGACGAAGAGGGCCGAGCGUGCGGAAGAGCGGAGGCAGAGCAAGGCCCCCGAAGCGAACGGCGGUGACCCUGCGUGGGGGACGUUCCCACGCACCCAGGCGGGGAAUGGUCCUCCCCUGUUACCUCAAAAAUCAUUCUUCCCCAAUCCUAGCUCACUGAUGGGCAGCUUGCCUUCCCGUAUCACUUCUCCACCUCCGCCUUUACCCCCUAAGUCAACCUCCUCCGGGUUUGACGGCCACGCCGGGGAUUCGACCGCAGCCCCAUCGCCAUCCGUGGCCCCUCCAGUUCCUCCGAAGAAGGUCUCUGUGAACGCGUCAGGCGUUCCCAGACGCAAUGAAUCCUCGCGUCCACAGGAUCAGAGCCAUCCGCCACAUCCAGACAGCGAAAACCUCUCGGAACCCGAGGAGCCUCCUCCUCCGUUUGCGCCUCCGGCCGUCCACCCUAAACCACCCGCCUCGAUGCGGUCUCAGAGCACCGACUCCCCCAAGCUGCCCAGUAAAUCGCACGUGUACCACGCGCAGUCACGCUCGCCCGCCACGCAUCACCGCGUGCCGCCAGGUCACCCCAGCGACGCCCACCACGCCCCGACGCCCUGCCAGCCUCCCUCGCCCUCGCAGGAGUCGACGCCGUCCGGCCACUCGUGCGAACCCCAGGGUCUGCUGCUGCAGUCUCAGCCCAAGAACUUCAGCAGCGAGCUGAAUAAGCUGCUCAAAUUCGGGCCGCCGCCGCCGCCGGGGCGGAAGGUGGUGGUGAAGGCCCCGGAACCGGAGCCCGGCGAGGCGGGCGACGACGAUCAUCACGACGACAGCGGCGGCGGCGAAGAAGAAAGAGGGGGAGAGGCGGCCAUGCAGGGGGAUGCUGAUCACUCGCAGUCGGAUUCCGAUUCUGACGAUGGCCCGAUUCUCUACAAGAACGAUGAGGAAGGGGAAGAGGAGGAUGUACCAAUCACAAGUGCAUUUGCAAGCAAGGUCGCACGCAAAGACUCUCUCGCAAUCUUAAUUGGCCAGCAAUCCUCCUCCAAGGAUCAGGAGAACAAGAACCUCUCCCCUGGGCAGGCAGACCUUGAGCGGCUGAAGAUGCGCAUGAAUAUCGGCAACACCUUGACCCGACGCUUGAGCCAGAGACCGUCUGCUGCCGAGUUGCUGCAACGAAACAUCCUGAAACCGGUGGUGAAUGAGGACGAACAGCAAGAGGCGAAACAGGAGCUCAAGCGCAGGCUCACGCGGAAGUUGAGCAUGAGACCGACAGUGGAGGAGCUGCGUGAGAAGAAGAUCCUGCUCCACUUCAACGACUACGUGGAGGUGGCCGAGGCCCAGGAUUACGACCGCAAAGGCGACAAGCCGUGGACAAGGCUCACGUCCGCCGACAAGGCUGCCAUUCGAAGCGAGCUGAAUACGUUCAAGAGCACGGAGAUGGAGGUGCAUGAAGAGAGCCGAAUGUUCACCAGAUUUCACAAACCGUGACGGGGGCGGGGGCUGGAGCCAGCAGCAUGACUACCCUUCAAUGUGAGACUGUGAUGAAGGGGGGGGGGUCCUCCUGCUCCGUGCCGCUUGGACAUGGAGGGGAGUAGCGGGGGAUGAGCUCCCGGUGCGGUGGAUCUCCACGGACCGCCGUGGCGCCCCAUGCGCUUUGUUCCCUUCUGUGGGCCCCAAGCACUGACACACACUAAAGAUGGCAACUGACCCUGGAGCCAUCCUCUUAGCCUUAUGAGGAAGCUUUUUUAUUUAUGUUUUAUUGAUCGAUUAUUUUUUUAAAACGUAUAACAUUGAAAGCAUCGGGUCAGUUUCAUUAUUAAACAAAAUAACUGCAUGUAGUUUUGAAACGUUUAAAAAUGUAACAUUUUGUAUUGGGAAACAAACCUACGUCCCGUAACACGCCUGAAAUGAUGAAUAAUAAAUGCAAUGUGCCAUGUGGCAGUCACAUUCGCUUUAAUUGAGGUUAUCGAUUCAAAAAUCUGUCAGUGUAUUUUAUGACUCCUGAUGUCACUACCACUGCUGGGUACGAUAUUUGGAAGUAAAUAAUUAGAUUUUUAAAAUAAUUAAACUUGAAUAAAGCCUGCACUUAAAGUACAUGAUAUACAGGUAAACAUAGACAAUUUGUAUCCUAAACCUUAAGAGGCUAUUGUUAAACCGACUGAGUCAGAAUUAAAUAUAUCUGAUGAGUGUUAAAUACAAAAGUGAAUGUUUAAUAAUAUACUGUAUAUAGGUAGACGUUUAGAAAAGCGCUAUUCUGGUACACGGUCUCCAAACGCGUACAGCUUGCACUGAAUGAGCAUUCAAGUUUUCCUAGAACAAUGUUUGUACCACUGCUCUUGUCCAUAAACAAAGGUGUCGAUGAUGUGCUGUAAUGCAGAACUCUUUCACUGACAACUUUCCCUCGUGGAAUUUAACGCACGGCAGCAAGUGUGCGGCUAUUAGGGUUCCUUUGCGCAUUAUCAAGGCUAGCCCCGUAGCCUUAGCCCACCACAUCCAACCCUUAGCCCUAACACACUCUAGGGCAGUGGCUCCCAAUUUUUUCUGGACCCACGUGCACCCGUCAACCCUCAACAGAUGUUCGCGGGGCACCGUGUGGUGUUUUGUGAGAGAAGAAUCAAUGUGAAUAUGCAGCAAGUUGGGCGGAUCAUUUCCCACACAGGCUUGCGAACUCCAGAUUGGGAACCGCUGUUGGAGGGUAUCGGCUUUGUGAAUCUACAAAUGCAUUCGAUGAAGUCAUUCUUCGUUGUAGUAACAUUUGGUAUGCUGUGGCCGCACAGGUGGUUAAACAGGUGUGCUGGUUCUGCAUUUGCAUGUGAACUGGUAUAGUACCAUGUAUAUGCUCAACUGGAAUGCAAGACAGUGGGGAAAGGGUACGCUCAUCAUCAGUCGCCUUUCAUGACUGUCUCGACCGGUGUUUCUCAGCUCCUGCCCAGCCGAUUCGCGAUUACCAAAUAUUUUUUUAUAUUCGUAUGCAGCUGAGGCCACUGCACCCACCUUGGUAAUUAAUCAGGGAAAAGUUGCACCCUGCUGCUUUGUGAUGACUGCAGUUGAGAGUCCCUGGUCAAGACGACAGCAGUCAAUGUUGAAUAUAACGGACUGUACAGUUUCUCUGGUGUGUAAACACUGCAAAGCGUAAAAGAAAUGUUUAAAAUUGUCAUCGAAAAAAUUUUCAUUUUACUGACAUCGGUAUAGAGUUUGCAGAAGUGUGUAUAAUAUAGAUUGGUAGUGACCCACUUUAUAAUAAAAUUGAUUUAAGAGUCCUUUGAGUACAUUUUUUCAUAGACAUUUAAAAUUAAGUUAAAAUAUCGGCAUGGACAUUUGUAAGUGCUCAUUUGUUAAUAUUUACGGACAUUAAACAAUGUGGUGACUUUCUAACACACUGGAAAAUACGCUCAUGUUUAAACAUCGGCAUUAUGAAUGUUUUUUUUAUUCGAUGUCGCUCUUUAACCUCCACGAACAUGUGCAUUGCUUUAUGGAAUAUCCUUUACACCAUGAUGUAGUGGAUUAUUUUUUCAGCUAUCUCUAUGUUAACACCGAUGUCUUUGUUAAUGAUACACGACUAUGGUGACUUGUAUGGGUUUCUGAAAUGGUCAUGAUUCGUUUUUAAGUUAAUGUUGAAAUUUUUUGACAGUUUUCUAUUCACAAUGCCAAGUGGAUAUUGCCAAGAUUGGGGCCUGGUUCAUCUUGGCUUGUAUGAUUAGCACGCUUGGCUACGUGCGGUGCAAAAUAAGUUAUACAUACAUACAUACACACAUACAUACACACACACGCAUACAUACACAUACAUACAAAAUGCCUUAUGUUGCUUUGCGUUUUUCUAAAUGGAUUACGCAAACUAAGACAGCUUGGUGAUGCCUCAAGCCAGUUUAUUAACGCUGGCUAUCGUUUUGGUGUAAUAUACUGCUGAAUGUUACCAAACAACAAUUGUAUGCAUCUUGACUGCACGCCUUUAUCCAGUACAACUCCGUUUGGUGACUUAAAAUGUCUCAAUCACAUCGGUGUGGUCCUUCGUGACAGACAGGUCCGUGGUGACAGCCAGGUAAUCUCGGGGAACGUGAGCACUGCGGUACGUUUGUAAUUUGCUGAGAAUGGUGGCAUCGGUCUGCGGGUGAUUGUGAUGGUGGCAAUGCAGGUGCCCGUUUGAAACAAUAAUUGGACGUAUUCUUGGUUCUUUCGGUAAAGUCACGUAGAAGGGAAAUAAUAAAAUAA